UUGAGUAACUUGGUGGUCAAGAUACCCAAAUUUCUAUAUCGUGCGAUAGUCAACUUAAUAAAAUGCAUUCGUGUUUAUUCAGAAUAUCAUUUUUGUUUUACACAUUAACAAAUUUAAUUCCUCAAAAGACAAUCUAAAUUUGAAUGCAGUUUCAGUAUAAUAAAACGUAUGCAUCCUUAUAUUGCCACAUGUAGGCUGUAUUAAUUUAUAUACGUCACCCAUUAAAGACGGAAAACAGGAAAAGGAACACCGCUAACCCAGUGGCCAACUGCCGAGACGACUUCGAACGAUUACACCCGACUCAACCUCCAUUCCGUACCGGUAUCGGCGCGCCACCACUCGCAAACAGAUAGUUAACUGACUCUCAUUACUGCGUACGGCCAUUAACGACCGACCUCAUGACGCGUGAGCGAUGAGGUCCCGCCGCCCAUCGCCCCGUUGUGCCGCGCUUCAUUAUUUUACAAUGCGGAAAGCGCAGGACACGACGCGCAUCCUAAUCAGCGAAGAGAGUUUCGGCGACACGUGAAUACAAAGUCAUCGUAUAUUGUUCCGGUCGAAGAAAUCAUAGACGUCGAGUGAGCCGAGGACAAACGUGACGUCGCCUCGUACGUACGUAACUCUUCAGUGUCGAUCCUCGAAAAGAAAUUUUAACGCGGAUGAUACGAGGACGCGUUUAGUGGAAUACAGUUUGUUAUGCACCACGUUUAUCGAAAUUUCGCGAAAUUUUGGCAACUGAACAAAAAAAAACAAGUGUCGUGCUGUCCACCCGCUAUCAGCAGGUACCGAUCUGUGCAUCUUCAGACGAUCGCUCGCAAAGGACAUACGUGAUAGUGUUCGGUAUAUUAAUAAGGACACUGCUUUGUGUGUUCGAAUGAUAAUUCCUAGAAGUUGUGAUAAAUAUUGAGGUUUAAGAUGGAUACAUCAAUACCUCGCGUGAUAUUAGGCAUAGCAUUAGCAGCUCUGUUGCCAAUUGCAUCACCAAAAGACGAAUUGGCAAAAGAGAAUAUACCACAUUCAAGACAAAAAAGGAUACUUUGGAUAACGAAUGAUGGACGUCUGGCUUUACCACCAGGAACAACAAUGGCGAUCACACCAUCACUCUCGAUGCCAUUUGUCCGACACCCACCAAAAGGAUUCCUUUCAAAUAUGACCAUCAGCUUCCCAUUCUCAAUCGACUUCGACAAGCUAGGAUUGACCGACAAUGAGAAUCCUUACGGCGAUUUUCCUCCAAUAUUGGCCCGCUCUAUGAGUGGGGCCGCUUUAAACAUGGUGACAGAUUAUGUUACUCGAUACUUAGAAAGAAGGAGGGGAAAACGAUCGGUUCAUGAUUCUGUUACGCCUGAGAUCGAAAGAGCAGUUUUGGAUCGACUGCAUGGCGGUGAAAGAGCCAUAAUGUACGGUAUAGCAGAAGACAUGUUAUCCAAUUUCGGACUCUCGGGGAAGGAAUGCUUGCUUCGUGCCAUUUGUGAGAUACAAUCACAUCCCCUUACAAAUUUCGGUUUCCUUGGGGAAAUAAUGAAGCUGUUCUUCACGCCCAGCAAAUCUCCAUACUCUGAUCUGCUGCCCGAAUAUUUAGAAGCGCAAAAGGCCGGAGAAUCCGGCGGCGAAUGUUGGCCCUACUACAGGCUAUGUCCCAAGAGCAUUUUCCAAUCUUCGACGAAUAAGUACACGCAAGAAGCUGAAAACAUUCACAAAAGACAAGAACACGAAAACAUUGAAGAAAAUAAAAUAGAAGAAAUUCAAGCAAUGUAACAUAUGGUACAGGUUCACAAACGAAAUACGCCGACAUAAAAGUUCUACAAAGCUAAAAUGAUCCAAAAGAUAGUGGUAGUUUUCGACCAAAGCUCUAUAUAAAUUAGUGUUUGAUCUUUAUUUUCAUUUAUUUAUUAUACUAGUGGAAUUUUCCCAAAAUAAAUUUAUUUUAACGUAAUUACAUGCAUUUGAAAAUGUUUUAUG